GGGCACAUCCGAAAUUACAAGUUUUACGGGCGAGCGCGCGCAGAAGCUGCCCACCAGUCGUCAACAGCGAGCUCCAAAAUAUCAGCCAAGCAGAGCCGCCAUUCCUCUCACGCCUCACCUCACCCGCUCGUAGCGCCAUGCCAUCGUGGCGCGCGCUAGCUCGGCGACACCGACACGUCGUCCCGUCACCCUCUCAGAGCUCGGCACGUCUGCAGCUUCGCGAGGCUGCGACCACGAGUUUCGCGAGCAGAGCCGCAGCCCACGAAGCAGGCUCGUCAUCUUCGGCGAUGAGCUCUCGCGUCGCCGGAUCCGUCCUCCUCCGCCACCUCGGCCCGCGCGUCUUCGGGCCGGCCGCCGCGGCUGCGCAGAGGCCCCUGCUUGCCGGAGGAGAAGGGGGCGCCGUGGCCGUGCGGGCGCGGCCGCUGUCCACCUCCGCCGCGGAGGCGGCGAGGGAGGAGGCGGCCGCGUCCAAGGACAACGUCGCGAGCACCGCCGCCGCGACGGCCGAGGCGAUGCAGGCGGCGAAGGCCGAGGCGGUGCAGGCCGCGAAGGGGGGCAAGAGCCCCGCCGUGAGCAGCUACUGGGGCAUCGUGCCUGCCAAGCUGGUGAACAAGGACGGCGCCGAGUGGAAGUGGUCUUGCUUCAGGCCGUGGGAGGCGUACACGUCGGACACGACGAUCGAUCUCACCAAGCACCACAAGCCCAAGGUGCUGCUCGACAAGAUCGCCUACUGGACCGUCAAGUCGCUGCGCGUGCCCACCGACAUCUUCUUCCAGAGGAGGUACGGUUGCCGGGCGAUGAUGCUGGAGACGGUGGCGGCGGUGCCGGGGAUGGUGGGCGGGAUGCUGCUCCACCUGCGGUCGCUCCGGCGGUUCGAGCAGAGCGGCGGGUGGAUCCGGGCGCUGCUGGAGGAGGCGGAGAACGAGCGGAUGCACCUGAUGACCUUCAUGGAGGUGGCCAACCCCAAGUGGUACGAGCGGGCGCUGGUGCUGGCGGUGCAGGGCGUCUUCUUCAACGCCUACUUCGUGGGGUACAUCCUGUCCCCCAAGUUCGCGCACCGCGUCGUCGGCUACCUCGAGGAGGAGGCCAUCCACUCCUACACCGAGUUCCUCCGGGACCUCGAGGCCGGCAGGAUCGACAACGUCCCCGCGCCGCGCAUCGCCAUCGACUACUGGCGCCUCCCCGCCGACGCCAGGCUCAAGGACGUCGUCACCGUCGUGCGCGCCGACGAGGCGCACCACCGCGACGUCAACCACUUCGCCGCGGACAUCCAUUUCCAGGGGCUGGAGCUCAACAAGACGCCUGCCCCGCUGGGAUACCACUGACGAGUGACGAGUGAAUGCCCAGACCGACCUCUGAACCGCCUACUUCUGCCAUUUUGUUACUAGAGCUCCAAGAUUUCUGCAGAACAAAAGUUGUUGUUAAUAUAUGUGUCGGAUAGGUAAGGUAGUGAUGCUUGAGAAAUAAAACGGCCGUUUGUCACUAGAGCUCCAAGAUUUCUCUAGGAACUGCAGCUUUAAUCAUGAAGGUUUACAUCAGCUUGCAAAAUGUAACCGGUAAUUUGGUGCCCAGGUUGCUUGCUCGGUUUAGCUGUAUCUUCACGUUUAACAGUGAUCUUGGAAUGUGCAAGCGAUUCAUUUCAGCCA